AUGCACGCGUGUUCGGUAGCAUUCUCUAUCACGGUAGGUUGCGGCUGCUCUACUGCAACCUGCCCAACUUGUAGUAAGCUUUAUAGUAAUGGAUUGGAGAGACAGUCGUCGAACAACCGGCUGGUAUCAUUUUACUAUCCGACGAUGAUUCCGGCAGCAGCGUUGGCGGUGUUGCUCCUGCAGCUCUGCCUCUCAACGGCGGCGGCUCAGGUUACGCCAGGCGCAGGGACGCCCCCGCCGCGCUGCCCGACCAGCUGCGGCGGCGUGAAAGUGCCGUACCCGUUCGGCAUCGGGAAUGGAUGCCACCGGCCAGGAUUCAACCUGACCUGCGACCGGACACGCGGCAGAGAGCCGCGGCUGCUCAUCGGCAGCGACCUCCAGGUCGUGGAGAUCUCUCUGGCCAACUCCACGGUGAGAAUCUUGGACAGAGCAGGCCAGGUCAAGCUCACCUUCUCCGGGGGGCUCGAUGGCAACGGCACCUGGGGCGGCCUCGGCGCCAGCGGCCCUUACGUGCUCUCGGAGAUGCGCAACCACUUCGUCGUGACGGGGUGCAACGUGCAGGCCACGCUGGUCGGGGACGGCGGCGUCGUAGGCUGCUGCUCCUCCUUCUGCUCCAUCAACGACAGGUGGACGGGCGCCGUGACGAGCGCCGCUGGCUACGGCGGUGCCGCCUGCUCUGGCAUCGGCUGCUGCGAGACGCCCAUCCCCAUCGGCCGCCCUUCCUACGGCGUGGAGAUGAAGUCCCUGGAUGCGAGCAACGAGUACACCGACAGGCUGCCCAUCGCGGUGCGUAUCGCCGAGAGAGGAUGGUUCGAAGGCGCCUCCACCACGCUCCUCAACGACUCGACCGGAUACUCGCCCUCCCGCGGGCCGGCAGUGCCCGUCGUCCUGGACUUUGUGGUGGAUUCCAAGCCGGUGGUGCUGCCGGGGGUGGCGACGUCGGGCUGCCCCGUGGAUGCACGGAGGAGCGCGUGCCAAAGCAGCCAUGCUUCCUGCCGCAAUGUCUCCGGCAUGUAUCGCAGCGGCUAUGUGUGCCGGUGCCUGGACGGGUACCAAGGCAACCCAUACCUCGCGGGCGGAUGCCAAGACAUCGAUGAGUGCGCGCUUCCGGGCAUGUGCUUCGGCGAGUGCACCAACACGGCGGGAGGACACCUAUGCCGGUGCCCACGUGGCGCCCAAGGCGACCCGCUCAUAAGAAAUGGCUGCAUCAAAUCUUCUCUAGGUUUAAGUGUCGGCAUAGGAGUUGGCAGUGGAGCCAGCCUUCUCCUCAUGGUACUUGGUGCUAUUUUUGUGACGCGAAAGAUGAAGCAACGGCGGGCAAAAGUGCUCAAGAAGAGAUUCUUCAGGCAAAAUCGAGGGCAUCUGUUGCAACAAUUGGUGUCUCAGAAGGCGGACAUUGCCGAGAGGAUGAUCGUCCCCUUGGUGGAACUACAAAAGGCCACAAACAGUUUCGACAAAGCUCGUGAGAUCGGUGGAGGAGGGCACGGCACGGUUUACAAAGGCAUCAUGUCGGACCUACAUGUCGUGGCGAUCAAGAAGUCCAAGGUCGCGAUCCAGAGGGAGAUUGACGAGUUCAUAAAUGAGGUGGCCAUCCUCUCACAGAUCAACCACCGAAACGUGGUGAAGCUCUUUGGGUGCUGCCUUGAGACGGAGGUGCCGCUGCUGGUGUACGAGUUCAUUCCCAAUGGGACCCUCUACCAUCAUCUCCAUGUCCAGGAACCAGCGCCAUCCCUAACAUGGCAAGAUCGGCUAAGGAUCGCAACCGAAACUGCGAGAGCGCUCGGCUACCUUCACUCGGCGGUGUCCUUUCCUAUAGUCCACAGGGAUAUCAAGUCCCAAAACAUUCUGUUAGAUGGCAGUCUCAUAGCAAAGGUGUCAGACUUUGGAGCUUCGAGGUGCAUUCAAGUCGAUCAAGCAGAGACCGCAACCGUUAUCCAAGGGACAUUUGGGUACCUGGACCCAUUGUACUUCUACUCGGGACAGCUCACCGAGAAGAGCGACGUUUACAGCUUCGGCGUCCUCCUCAUGGAGCUUCUCACUAGGAAGAAACCAUGCUCAUAUCGUUCAUCCGAGGAGGAAACCCUUGUCAGAUAUUUCACCGCUUCGCUAGCAGCGGGCAAGCUGGCUCGCGUGCUAGAUCCUCAGGUCAUGAAAGAAGGGGGCAAGGAGGUUGAAGAAGUAGCUGUGUUGGCAGUGGCAUGUGUGAGGAUUGAAGUAGACCACCGGCCAACCAUGAGGCAAGUGGAGAUGACACUGGAGAACCUUGGGGGCUCGCAUGAUAGUUUUGUAAUGCAUGACAUGGAUGUGCCGAAGUAUCCAAUGAUUGGGGGUACCAACAUGGAGGAAACAAGCCAGCAGUAUAGCUAUGAAGCAGAGUAUUUGUUGUCAUCAAGGUACCCCCGGUAG